AUGAAUCAGGAACUCACCCAUCGCAUUGAACGUUGGCAGAAAGAAGUGGGCCUGACUACACCCUCUCUCAAGCUUACAACCAAAGGAUACGGUCCCAACGGAAUCAGGCUGCGAGAGACCGCGCAACGCACCUAUCUUGCCGAAGUAUCCGGCAACACUAGGCAGGGGAAGAGAAAGCGCCCAGCUAUGGAUGAAGGAUACACAAGUGACAAUCCUGAUAGAGGAUCGGGGACACCACCGAAGCGGAAGCGUAGGCGACCACGCCUGAAGCCUCCCUCAGGGCCGGACGUACAGUCACCCGUGUCUGCAGUCAAGCUCACAGCUUCGCCUGCAAAGAAGGCAAACUCAAAAUCUCCGACUAAGCGUGGUAUGAAGAGCAUUCACGAUGCGCGUCCAGAAAUCGCCAUCGACCUCCAAUACCUUGCCCAGUGCGUUCCCUCAGUGAUCCAAGUCGAUAUAUUUGAACUGUUGAAGGAGGGUCAGCUCCCUAGUGAGGUCGAAACCCUUUGGCGAAAGCUCGAUCGAGUGCCGAUAGCUGUUGUCCCUCGAGAGCUCAAGGAACAAUAUGACCUGCAAUUCAACACUCCUACUUGUUCCGUCUCCUCGCCGUUUGAAGAACCCCGUUAUGUGCCUAUCGGGGUACCUUGUCCCCAUCCCCAGGAGCGGCUGGGACAUUUGAAGAGUAUGGUUGAGUCGAUACACAGAAAUGCCGCAUCAUAUGCUAGGCUAGAUUCAUCGGAAGAUCAGUGGAAAGGCCUUGUACAUCGAUUGCUAUAUGAAUUUGAGACAAGCAGCAUGGCGCCGCAGAAUGUGUGA